AUGGGGCGUCUCACCGAGUACCAGGUCAUCGGGCGUCAUCUGCCCACCGAGGCCAACCCCACGCCCAAGCUGUACCGCAUGCGCAUCUUCGCGCCCAAUGCCGUCGUCGCCAAGUCCCGGUUCUGGUACUUCCUGACCCAGCUCCGUAAGGUCAAGAAGGCCAACGGUGAGAUCGUCAGCAUCAACGUGAUCAGCGAGAAGCGUCCCCUCAAGGUCAAGAACUUCGGUAUCUGGAUCCGUUACGACUCUCGCUCUGGUACCCACAACAUGUACAAGGAGUUCCGUGAGAUGAGCCGUACCGAGGCCGUUGAGGCUCUCUACCAGGACAUGGCUGCCCGCCACCGUGCCCGCUUCGGCUCCAUCCACAUCCUCAAGGUCGUCGAGAUCGACAACGCCGACACCAUCCGCCGCCCCUACAUCAAGCAGCUCCUCCAGAAGGACCUCAAGUUCCCUCUGCCCCACCGUGCCGCCAAGAGCAAGAAGCUCUUCGCCUACUCGCGGCCCUCCACCUUUGCGUAA